UAAACCUCCCGUCCGGCCCGCCCCCCUCCCGCGCUCCCAUUGGCCGGCGGCGCGGGACGUCCGCCGCCUCUGCGCGCUGAUUGGCUGCCGGGGGAGGCGGCCGGGGCCACUUCCGGGAAUGCCCGCGGCGGCGGCGCUCCGGCAGGGCCCCCGGCGGCGCCAUGAGCACCGAGACGUUCGUGAAGGACAUCAAGCCGGGGCUGAAGAACCUCAACCUCAUCUUCAUCGUGCUGGAGACAGGCCGGGUGACGAAGACCAAGGACGGCCACGAGGUGCGGACGUGUAAAGUGGCCGACAAGACGGGCAGCAUCAACAUCUCCGUGUGGGACGAUGUGGGCAACCUCAUCCAGCCCGGGGACAUCAUCCGGCUCACCAAGGGGUACGCGUCCGUCUUCAAGGGCUGCCUGACGCUGUACACGGGCCGCGGCGGCGACCUGCAGAAGAUCGGCGAGUUCUGCAUGGUCUACUCGGAGGUGCCCAACUUCAGCGAGCCCAACCCCGAGUACGCGGCCCAGCAGGCGCCCAGCAAAGGCGCCCAGAACGAGAGCGCGAGCCCAGCCGCGGCGCCGAGCAGCCAGGGCCCCUCCGCGGCACCCCCAGCCCCCGACAGCCAGAACGGGAACGGGCUGAGCGCGGGGGGCCCCGCGCACCCCCCCGGCGCCCCCGCGCACCCCUCCAGCGGCCGCAUCACCCGCAGCCAGCCCAGCCACCCGGGCCCCGGCGCCGCCUCCGCCGCCGGCCCCGUCAGCAACGGAAAAGAGACGCGGCGGAGCAGCAAGAGAUAACGGGCCGGGCCCCCGCCGCCGCCGCCGCCCCGCUCCCGCCGGCCCCCGGCCCUCCCGCGACGGGCGCUCGGCCCCCGGCCCGCGACGGGGGGCCCCGGCCUCCCGGCUCCGGCCCCCGCAGGCCUCGCUCCCGGCCCUGAGCCGCGGCGUCGCGGAGCCGGCGGGGCCGAGGGGACGCCGUCGCGCCCCGGUGCUCGGGGGCCCCGCGCAGGACGGGACCGGCAGCCCCGGGGGCCCUCGCUGGCGUCGGGGGCUCGCGGCCCCCCGACACCCUCCUGCGCCCGGCUGCCGCCCACCGGCCCCCGCGCCGGGGCGGGCGGCGAGGCCCCGUCCGGAGGGUGGUAAUAAAGGUUUUGCCUGCUG